AUGAGAAGCCAGCGUCACUUUUCGAACAGUCUUCUCUUACUUUUGCUUCCAGUCACUUUAAUUCUCAUCAACGUGAUCUCAUCUGAUCCCGUCAACUGGCCGCUGGCUGGCUCCAGAAUCCGCGUGAAAAGACGCUCAGCCGGUGUUCAGACGCAGAAGGAAGAUGUAAAACAGUUGCGUGAUGCCAUCAACUACUUUUCAGAACUACACGACACCCAUUUCCAUCUGCCCAUCCGAGCUGCAGGAUCGGAUUACAAAAUGCCAAGUAACAGCCUCAACCCCGGCAACUGGACGCCUCAUCUGAACUCCUCUAAAUUGGCCUACUUUCUAUUGCGAAAUCACACUCUCAAUCAGACGAACGAAUCGUUGCAUGCACCGGCAGAUGCUCCGGCAGACGCCUCCAUGUCGGAGCCGUCGUCGGCCGGAGACGAGAAUGAGCCUGACGACUAUCCGACCGGUGCCUCCUCCGGUGCCUCCUCCGGUUCCUACCGACCGGCACAGAAGAGACGACAGGGUCUCGCAACUGACAUGGCCGACGGGAAAGCAGAAUGUCUUUCAGAAUUCCCGGCUGGCGGACAGCCACGUCGGAGGAGCGAGAAGAAGAUGUCGCCCAAUUUCGUCUGGCUCAGUGUACAAUUCGUCUUCGCCGGAGGCGUGAUUGUCGGCCAUGCUCUCUUGGCUCUG